GCGCUGCCCAUCAGCUGAAGCGGAGCCGCCGGAGACUCGCUGGCUUCCCGGUGGCACCGCGUCACGCUUCUCCGGCUUGCAGCCCGGAUGGAGGCGGCCCAGUCCCGCACCGCUCCACCGUCGCACACGCUCGGCCCGCUUGGAUGAAAUUGAACUAUAUAUUUUAACCACCGAGAUUUUUCUUUUUUUCCUUUUUGAGGGGAAAUCGCGCCGUUGUGGCUCAUGGCGUCCGGCUUCGGCGACGGGGACGAGGGGGAGGAGCGGGGCGGCUCGUGGAGACUCAUAGGCCCGGUAGCCGGGCUCGCCGCGACGCGCUGCCGCCUCGUGUACUGCUCGCUCGGCCGCGACUCGGACGUCUGCCUCUUCCACGUGAGGGGGGAGUUCUUCGCCAUGGACGCCCGCUGCGCACAUGCCGGAGGUCCUCUCUGCGAGGGGGACAUCGAGGAGGCCGACGGAGUCCUGCAGGUCUUCUGUCCCUGGCACGACUACAACUUUGACCUGAGGACGGGGAAGUCAGGGACGUCCUUACAGCAACAAGUGUAUGAAGUCAAGCUGGAGGACGGCAACGUGUUGGUGAAACACGCCGGCCGGCUCUCCCUCGAGCUUCUCCCCGCGGACCACAAGAAGAGCUGAGGAACCUCAGCGGAUCCCGAGACAAUCCCCCACAUUCCUCAGCUUCACCUGACGCUUCCGCGGCGCUCAGCAUGACGCCCGGAGGGGAUUGGUCUGAAGACCAAAGGGAAUAAAUAGAGUUUUUUCUUGCAGCUUCUUCAACACGAAGAGCAACCAGGCAGGUGAAAAAAAAGGCAGCACGAAAACUAAAAAAAAAUAUUUCUCUUCUCAGAAAACGUAAUAGAACAAACCAGCAUACAGUAUUUUAUUAUUGUCACGUGAUCCUUCUAGUUUUUUAAUUAAUCCUAAAAAUACAAAUAAUAUCGCUGAGUACAUUUAUUGUCUUUGUCCUGUUGAUUUUGUGGACAAUGGAUUGUUUCUGAGUUUUACCACAGUAGUGUCUGAGUCGUGGUUCCAGUUCUCCUACUUUUAUAAGUCGUAUAGAGGUAUUAGUAUUAAAUUAGCUCCUCUCACCGUGACUUGAAAUACAAAAGUAUGACAAAAAUAAGAUCCCACCUGCAAUGAAGGGAGCGAUUUUUACAAUGCAGCCAGACAUGAAGCCUUUGUGUCAUAUGUAAAGCUAACUUGAGGAAUCAUUAUAAUUUAUGCAAAAUGCAAAAAUCCCGACCGCAGUUCAAUUGACAAUUUUAGAACAUUUUUCAAGUAGACGUUGAAAUCCAAAACCGACCUUUGAAUGAGAUAUCCCUUCACGAAUACAAAGCGUCCCCUCAUUUCAGGGGGGUCAUUAAACGUCAUGACAGAUUCUUUCAGGGGGCUAAAGUCUGCUUAUCGGCCUCGUGCCGUCAAUGGCUUCUCCUCAAUGUCUUCAACAGGCAGAGGCCUCCAACUCUCACGCCCACUCGAUGAAUUGUGGCUCUUUUAAUACAUUUAGGCACAUUCCAGGGAACAGAAAACUUUCCUAACACAAUGUCCAGUUCUGAAGAGGUUUAAAAAAGAGAAAAUACAAACCCACGUUAGAGUUGUAGCCUUUAUAAGAGCCGAGACGUCUCCGUCAGCGUUUCCCUUCUGACGGGUUCCUCCGUCACCGACGCAGAUGGGACCCAAAUGAAACGGGUACCAAGGCGCCGGAGGGAGGUUCGCGACCUGAAAUGCACCAUCGACUGGAGAAAAAUGACUUUUUCUAGCUGUGUGUGUGUGUGUGAGUGUGUGUUUUCUCUAUGGGAGGGCACCCGCUCACUAUAUUUUCUGGCAGCGGCCCGGUCACGAAGGUGUGAGUGACGGCGUGGCUCAACUCUCUCAUUUUCCUCCCCGCUGAGCAACUUGAUUACACUAACGAUUCCACUGGCGAAAAAAUGUCCAGAUGCAUUUUUUUUUCUCCCAAAAUCCCCCCCCCCCUGCGGUGUAAUGGCCGCACACAACGCGGAGGCAGCUAUUUCGUUUCGGGAGAAAGUAAAAAUAAAUGUUGUUCGGGAUGCGGUUCAGGUCAGAUUCCGCCAUGUUCCCUUGAAACUUAAAAGCAUUUAGCUCAUUGACUUAAAUGAAUUAUGACUGCAACUUAUGUUAAUUUCAACCACUUGUUCUGUUAACAGCCAUUUUAUUUGCUGUAAAAUAUACCUAUUGUUGUCACUUAUGCAAAGCUUCAUCUGUAUUGUUCAAUUCAAAUUAAAUGAUUAUAUCUUAGCAAUGCUGCAAUGUAUUUAAACGUU